CGAGUGAGGGGCUCAGGGCGCGCUGGGACUCGAGCGGCCUCUUUCCCGGGCUCACAGGCUGCAAACUCCUUUUCCCACCCUUAACGCGCGGUGAGGAGUGGGAGUCACUCGCCACCCGGGUUUUCCGGAUGGGACUAACAAGCUUGGCCGCUAGUGUGAGCAGCCAGCCAGCGUGGAGCCAUGGCACUGAGCCACUCAGUGAAGGAGCGCACCAUCUCGGAGAACAGCCUCAUCAUCCUGUUGCAGGGCCUCCAGGGCCAGAUCACCACUGUGGACCUUCGAGACGAGAGCGUGGCCCGAGGACGCAUUGACAACGUGGAUGCUUUCAUGAACAUCCGCCUGGCCAACGUCACCUACACUGACCGCUGGGGGCAUCGGGUUGAGCUGGAUGACCUCUUUGUGACAGGUCGAAACGUCCGCUACGUCCAUAUCCCGGAUGACGUGAACAUCACUGCCACCAUCAAGCAGCAGCUGGAGAUCAUCCACCGUGUGCGAAACUUUGGUGGUCAAGGUCGGAGAGAGUUUCCCUCCAAAAGGCCUUGAGGCCGUGUCCUCAUUAAGGUUCCUUACCUCCAGUGUUCUGAGCCAGCACCCUGCCAUCCUCUCCUCCCAGUGACCUGGUGUCUUGAAAGACACCUGUCACGGCUGCUUUUCAAUGGGUUCCACUUUUCAGACACAAUUGGGACCCAGAGUUUCUUCUAUCUGUGGCCUUGGGGUAGGUGAUAAUCCCUCUUUUUGAGCCUUUGCAUCUGGAAUCUCCGUCUACUGACUGACCACAUCUAUCAAGGAGUAAUCAACUCUGUCAGUGAGGAUUAUUGAGAAUGAAUCACUUCUAAUUCCCCGUUUCUCUUGACACUUGUUUCUUUUCUCAUAAAACCAAACUUGGAUUCAUACAAGGCUGUGCCUGGUGUGUGCUGAGCAGGCUUCUUCUGGCUCCUGUGGAGUUCAGAAGGCUGGAAAGCACAGGAGGCUUUACUUGGUCUAGAAUGUGGCCCAGGCAGUAAGGCUUGAGCUUUCCCAGGUAUCAUGAAGGAAGCUAGUGGAAAGUAGCCUUUCUGUUGAGAGUUCUUGAGGCCCUUGAGUCUUACUGCUAUUGACUGAAGCCGAGUGUCUGGAUACCCUGGGCCCUUCCUGCAGCCUGGAGAGUUCAGCAAACAAAAACUCAGUCCCAGCCAGGCAUCUCCGUUCACACAUGUAAUCCCAGCUUUCAGGAGGACCAUCUUGGGCUAAGAGUGAUGUCCUCUUUAAAAACCAAAACAUACUGGUUGUAGUGAAUACGGUAGGAUUUUCUGAAGGAGUCGGAGGCAAGAGGGUCCUGAGUUUGAGGCCAGUCUGUUCUAUAUACUUUAGCCGGGUGGUGGUAGUGCACACCUUUGGGAGCACUACCAAAGCACUUGGGAGGCAGAGGCAAGAGGAUUUCUGAGUUCAAGGCCCACUCGGACUGUAGAGUGAGUUCCAGGACAGCCAGGGCUACACAGAGAAGCGCAGUCUCGAAAAAAAAAAAAAAAAAAACAGCUCAAGAAGAAAGAAAAUGGUCUGAGGAAAUAAAACAGAUGGACAGGGAGUGAAAACUGCUAUGCAGAGAUCUUGAGUUGGAAAAGCUUGUGGGGAAUAGAAGUUCUAUGUGUGUAAGAACUAUGUGUGUGUGUGGGCAGGAAGAGAUGAGUAAAUGAUCUCAGGCUGUGAGCUCUAAGGACUGAUUACAGUUUCUCUUGAGAGGAGGCCUUGCUGGAGAUUGACCGCAGGUCCUAUGCUAAGCACAAAGUCUAUCAGCUGAACUACAUCCCAGGCCCCGGGUUCCAAUUUCUGAGACCCUGCCUCCAGGAAAAAAAAAAAAAAAAGAGAGAAUUUUUCUUUAAGUUACUCUACCUUCUGUUUUGCCCGUGUCAGAGCUUCAGAAACUUAAAGACUUUACCAGCCCCCUUAAUUUCUUUGUUUGGACCCUAGGGUCUUUUCUUCCCUGGUAGGGAAGUCUCAUUAGGGGGUUUUCUAAUGAGCGUCCACUGAGAUUCUGCGGUUGAUACCAAUCCUGAAAUGUUGCUGCCCCCUGACCAGAAGACCCCGUCCAUCAGUCACUCCUGACCCAAAUGUUAUUUUAUUUUAUUUUUUGAGACAAGGAAUCACUGUGUAGCCCUGACUGUCCUGGAACAUGAAGACCAGGCUAGCCUCAAACUCACAGAACUCCACCUGCCUUUGCCUCCCGAGUGCUGGGAUUGAAGGCAUGGGUCACCUCAAGCUCCUGGAAUUUUUUUUUUUUUCAUGUGUAUGGGUGUUCUGCCUGCAUACAUGUCCAGGUACCAUAUCUAUACCUGGUAUCCUCAGAUGUCAGAAGAAGACAUUGGCUCCCCUAUAUCUGGAUUAGGGAUAGUUAACGCUCGCCAUGUAGAUGCUGGGAAUUUAGUCUGGGUCCUGUGUAAGACCAAACAGUGCUGUACAAUGCUGAGCUGUCUCUCCAGCACCAGACCUUUUCUUUUUUCUUCUCCCCUCCUCUCCCUCCCUCCCACUUCUCCUCCCUUUUUCUUUUCUUUUCAAGACAGUUCCUCUAUGAAGCCCUGGGUUGGCUUGGAAUUCAUGUGGACCAGACUGGCCUCCAACUUCCUGCUUCUGCCUCUAUCUCUGAAGUGCUGGGAUUAAAGAUAAGUUCCAUCACA